AAGGCACCAUGGGAGCACAGAUAGAACACGAGGAGCCGGGGAGUGCGUGAUGUUCCGUUUGGAACAACAGAACACAGCAGCUUCUGUCUGUCUUGCGCGCUCCCGGUGCUCUGUUGGCAGCAGCGGGGACGCGCGCCGCAGCGUGCGCAGAGCCAAUGCGCGUGCCCAGCGUGAAGUUUUGUCUCAUCUGCAGCAAGAAAGACUCCGAGAGACUCCGAGGAGAGGAGCAGAGGAGAGGAUGAAGCAAACAACUUUCCUGCUGGUGUUUGGAGUCGUCCUGAGCUUCUGUCAGGCUCAGUCGGACACGGGAGGCGAGGAGACGGGCGGAGAGGAGGAACAUGUGGAGCUCUUCACCACGCCGGCGACUAAGAUGGGCGCCGCCACCUCGGACUUUGGCUACAACCUGUUCCGCGCUCUGGCGAGCCGCGAGGCCGCGACCAACGUCUUCCUGGCCCCCAUCAGUGUGUCGGCGGUGCUGACGCAGCUCUCCAUGGGAGGGUCUGAGCAGGCUCAAAGGCAGCUGUUCAGGGCUCUGAGGUACCACACCCUGCAGGACCCUCAGCUCCACAACACCCUCAAAGACCUGCUGGCCUCCGUCAGGACGCCUGGAAAAGGCCUGAGCACUGCCGCCCGCAUCUACAUGGGACGACGACGCCUGAAGCAGGACUUCUUCACGCUCGUGGAGCAGCAGUAUGGAGUUCGUCCCAAGACACUGCAGGGAGGGAACAAAGAUUUGAAAGAAAUCAACGACUGGGUGUCUCUGGAGACCGGCAGGAAGGUACAGCGCCUCUUGGACAAGCCCUUCCCCCAAAACUCUGGAGUGAACACUGUGAGUGCCGCCUACUUUAAAGGGAAGUGGGUGACUCGGUUUGGUCAGAGUGGAGCAAUGGAGAACUUCCAGGUGGACGGCGCGGCACCUGUCCGCAUUCCCAUGAUGCUACAGGACAACUACCCUGUGAAGAUGGGUGUCGACUCAGAUUUGAGCUGCACCAUCGCUCAGAUCCAGAUGCAGGACGACGUCAGCAUGUUCGUCUUCCUGCCCGACGACGUGACCUCCAACAUGACCCUGCUGGAGGAGACUUUGACCGCCGAGUUUGUCCAGGACCUCUCCAUGACGCUCCACCCGGCCCAGGUGUCCCUCGCUCUGCCCACCCUGAGGCUCAGCUACUCAACAGACCUGCUGCCGCUGCUCAGCGACCUGGGUCUCUCCGAAUGGCUAGCGAACACGGACCUGGAGAAGAUCUCCAAUCAGCGCAUCAAGCUCAGCAGCGUCAAUCACAAGGUCGUCAUGGAAACGGCGCCCGAGGGGAACCAGUACGCCAGCGCCACCUCAACGACUCACCUGUCCUACCGAGUGGACCGACCUUUCCUCUACCUGAUCCGGGACGACGCGUCGGGGGCGCUGCUCUUCAUCGGCAGGGUGGUCAACCCCAAGGCCCUGACGAUAUAACACACACACACACACACACACACACACACACACACACACACACACACACACACACACACACACACACACACACACACACACACACACACACACUCACCUGUACUUCUAUCUUUGUGAGGACACUCAUUGAUAUAAUGCAUGCCUUAAAACCAAGUCUGAACCCUCAAAAAGGUGUUUGAAGUUAGGACCGGCCAAAAUGUCCGCACUCUUAAGGUCUACAACUUGGUCCUCACAAUGAUAAAUGUACAAGAACAUACACACACACACACACACACACCUGUACUUCUGUCUUUGUGAAGACACUCAUUAAUACAAUGCAUUCCUCAGUCCCUAACCUUACUGUAACCUAAACCUAUUUGGUCUGAACUCUCAAACAAGCCUUUGAAGUGAAGUCGGCAAAAAUGUCCUCUUUUUCCAAAAAGGUCCUCACUCUGAUGGUUUAAAACCUGGUCCUCACAAAGAUAGAUAUACAACUGUACACACACACACACACACACACACACACACACACACACACACACACACACACACACACACACACACACACACACACACACACACACACACACACUCUUAGCAGGUCCUAGGAGGGAUUUCAGGUGUUUGCUUUGCAUUUCUGGUGGCAGAUAUUAGCAAGUAUAUUUGAUUUUACUUCUUUUUUUCUACUUUUCACAAUGACACAUGCAUUAUCAUGUUAAUCUGACAGAAUACUUAAACACUCUGACAAUACUCUGAGCUCAGCAGAGGAUUGUUUUAUUAAAAAAUCAAAUAUUGUCAUUUGUGUUAGAAGAAAUAAACGACAAUGAA